UGAAUGUCUACAAUCCAAAUUACAAGCUAAGGAUUAUACAGAGUUAACCGUAAAGAAAAAUCAUAAAAGUUACUACAAGUCUAGCAAGUCUGCUUAAGCUUUUUUACAAGUCUGCUUUAGCUUUUUUUUUGUCAAUAAACUUUGGUCUAAUCCUCCAUGAAAAUCUCUUCAUUAUAAUUUCUACCAACCUGCAACAACUCUCCUUGAAUGAAAAUGAUCACCAGAAUCUCAAAAAUUCCGGUCCAAAGCCGGUUAUUUAGCCGUGCCAAACUCCGUAUCGUCUCCAUUAUCUCUAUUGCUGCCAUAGUUUUUAUCAUCUAUGCAGGUCGUAUUUUCAUCUCUGAUUAUCCUCAACCCUUAGAAAUUUCCAAAAACAACAACGAUAUUGCUCAUGAUGUUCUCCUAGAGACUCUCAAAACCAAAGCACAAAUCAAGACGACGACCAUCACUCGUUUACAAAUUCAAGAAGAAGAGAUUGAAAAGGUUCACAGAGAAAACAUGAAUAAGAAUCCGUGGAUACCACCUUGGAAUCAAACGGAGGAAGAAAGGAUUGCUUGGUUUCGAAGAAAGCUACCGGAAUUCGAUAUAUUCAAGUCGGACGAUGUUUCGCAGCGAUUCCAUAGCCGGGUCUUGGAGUUCUUCAAUCCCUCAUGUGAUGUUCAAUUCUUCAUGACUUGGAUUUCUCCGUUGGAAUCUUUCAAAACCAGAGAGUUCCUGGCAAUGGAGACUCUGUUCAAAACCCAUCCUGGUGGAUGUUUGAUUAUACUUUCAAGGACUAUGAACUCCAUCAAAGGCUAUAGGAUCUUAAAACCACUGCUGGACAGGGGUUUCAAAGUUCAAGCUGUGACACCGGACUUGUCGUUUCUUUUCAAGAACACGCCGGCGGAGACAUGGUACUCCGAGAUGAAGAUGGGGAAAAGAGACCCUGGUGAAAUUCCAUUGGCACAGAAUUUAUCUAAUUUGAUGAGACUAGCAGCUCUGUACAAAUAUGGAGGUGUUUACUUGGACACAGAUUUCAUAGUUCUAAAGCCUUUCACUGCCCUGAGGAAUUCAAUUGGAGUACAGAGUGUUGAUGGGGUAUCAAAGAACUGGACCAGAUUGAACAACGCUGUUUUGAUCUUUGAUAUGAAUCAUCCACUUCUUUACAAGUUCAUAGAGGAAUUUGCUUUGACUUUUGAUGGGAAUAAAUGGGGGCAUAAUGGACCUUACUUGGUUACCAGGGUUGUUCAGAGAUUAGGGACAAGACCUGGUUAUAACUUCAAUGUGUUGCCGAUGAUGGCGUUUUAUCCAGUUGAUUGGAUUAAGAUUGGUGGACUGUUUAAGAAGCCUGAAGACCAGGCUACAUCGAGAUGGGUAAAUGCAAAGCUGCUACAGCUUAGUGGUGAGACUUAUGGAGUUCAUCUUUGGAACAAGCAGAGUAGUAGACUGAAAUGGAAAAGCCUCAUCAACAUGUUGAAGCACCUGCGGCGAAGUCAAAAGGGUCAAAAUUAAUAGGAGCUUCUUCUUUAGUUAAUAGUUCGGUCUGCUUAAGCUAGCACUGAUUCAGGGGAACUAUAGAAUUUUUUUUUUUUCUUUUUAAUUUUUUAUGUUGCUUUGGAGUUUUUUUUUUUUGUUGAAAUAAUUGUAUAUACCAGGUACAACUAGUUUGGACAGGCAU